UCCGUCCAUCAUGUGUGUGUCCAUCCUUCCAUUAAACGAAGCCACGGAAACCUUACACACUGAUAAGAUCAUUCGAACAGCAAACACGAACCUCCGAAGCCAACCACCGAAGAACGAUUGAAGAGCGACCGAUUGUGCGGGGUCACUAACACAAAACGCUGACCGACUAUAAAACACAAGUUCACCUUCGAACGAAAAUCAGUAAGGAUGAUACUAAACAUAGUCAUACACUUGACAGUGGUUUGUCUGGCUUCGGCCAAAGUGUACGAACGUUGCGAGUUGGCCCGCGAGCUGAGGAACGUGCAUCGCAUGCCGGAACACCAAAUCGCCACCUGGGUGUGCAUCGCCAAACACGAAUCCCUGUACAACACGUCCGCCCACAAUCCGGGCAGCGGCGACCACGGACUGUUUCAGAUUUCGCAGAUCUACUGGUGCUCGCCACCCGGACAAGGGUACGGGUGCUUCAAGCCGUGCAGUGCUUUCGCCGACGACGACAUCGCCGACGAUGUCAAGUGCAUCAGAACUAUCUUCGAGGAGCACUCGAGGAUUUCCGGUGACGGGUUCAAUGCCUGGGUAGUGUAUCCGUUGUACUGCAAGGGUGAUGUAUCUCAGUACGUCCAAGGGUGCUACGAUAACAUUUACGAAGUACCUCCGGUACCAACGGUUAAGCCACAAAUCGACGAGGAUUACGACGAUGGGUACGAGUUUCCACCUCUACCGAUAUUACCCAAGAACAUAACUUAUCAGGAAGAUGAUCAGUACCGAUAUCCGGAACUACCUAGGAUUACCUCAACCUUCAGACCGUUUGAUUACUCAGCCUACAGACAACCGGAAACUACCACAACUAUCAGGAAUGUCUACAAUUCAGUUGAGGAAUAUGAUGAUUAUAGUUUUCCAUCACUUCCUCCAUUCCCCAAACAUGAAUCAGAGCUAAACCAGGAUGUUGGAAGGCAAGAUGAUUUUACUUCACCUCCAGUUAGCUUUAUAAGAACUGAAGAAACCACCUACAAACCUGAAACUACGCCACCAACUACAACCAUUAACCCGAGGACCAACUUCGAUACGUUUGUCAAAUAUUCUCAAGGAAGUUAUGAAAAUACCAAAGACAUUUAUAGGACAACUUCUCCUCAGCUUACAACAAAACUACCACAAACUAACCCAUAUGACUUCUCAAACAUCUAUAAGACAACAGCAGAGAAAUUUGUUCCGACAACCUACUCCACCACAACCAGGCCAAAACUUCAACAGCAUAAUCCGUACGACUUUUCGUAUUUGUUUUCUACUAAAAAGUUGGAAGAAAGUACUGAACAACCACCUAAAACUACACUAAAGGACUUUGGUACUGAAAGAACUGUGACCAGUGUAGUACCUAAGAGGAUUUACGACUUUGCUACUGUCAAACCUGGUGCUGUAAAAGUAAAAGCCAACCCCUAUGAUUUUUCAACGUUGUUUGCCAAGGCUUCAACAAAACCAGCUCAAGAAGUCACUUUGAAACCACAUAGUGUGACAACUGACUUACCCACCACCACCAAAUCAUCAAAUAUUUACAAGAGUAACCCUUACGACUUCUCCAAACUCUUGAAUAAUCAAAACUCAGGCUCUUCGACUACUUCUGUCCAAUUGUCCACAACUCGCAGACCAAUCAUUUACAAAAACAACCCCUAUGACUUCUCAAAUUUGUUUGCCAAAUCCCAACCAAGCACAACAACAACUCAGAAAGCUGUUGUGGGUGUGUUUGGUAGCAGGAUUAAAGAACCACCAACAACAACAACCUUCUCUCACCUGUCGUUCAAACCGAUAUCCACGACAAAGUCUCCGUACAAUUUCGCCGACUUGUUCACCACAACAAGCAAACCAUCCAGCCAAAGCUUCCUGCAGUCCAGUUCCUCAAUAUCCACAGUGGUGACCUCAAACUCCACCACACCCAAAGACUCCAGGGAGGCCAGGCAGCUUGGCUUCAUAAAAUUUAAAACGGAAACUAAAGACUACACCUUCAGGAGAAUUGGCAACGGUUUUAGAUUAAUCCGGAAGGAUGGUCACUAAGCUAGGACUGUUUUACUAUUUAUUAACUGCCAAUAUAAGACUGUUUUUAUGUAGUUGUAGUACUUUCUAUUACUGAGCUCUGAUGGUGUUUGUAUGGUAUUUAAGGGGGACCUGUACUCAUAUCUUUUCCACAUUUCCUUCAUGCUAAUACUAAGUACCUUGAUGCUGUGGAUGGUUUGAAACCUGUUGAGGAGCUGCACGAAACCUUCGUCACCUUUGAACCAAACAGUGGUACACCCAUAAAGAUGGCGAAGAGGUUCCAAUUCAGCAUGUUCCUGCGACCCAUCGAGGACAUAACAAUGUUGGAAAAUGUCUCAAACACCGUCAUUCCAAUAAUGUGGGUGGAAGAGUCUUUGACUCUUGAUGAUGAAUACGUGGAUCAAAUCAAGGAUUCCCUCCUCAAAAUAUUGGGCAUUUUAGACAUUGCACGAUGGGUAAUACUGAUCGUGGGAGGGAUAAGCAUCAUUGUACCUUUCUUCUGUCUAAUAUACAUUGACUGAGCACUAUAAGAAUUUACAUUGUUAAUUAUUUUAUUGUAAAAUACAACACGAAAUGUUGCAUCAUAUUUACAAUGUAUUUAAUUAGACAAAGUGUUAUUAACAACCGGUAUAUAAUAUUGUUUAAAUCACCAUCAGAAGUUUAUUUUUAUUAAAAUGUAAUAAUAAA